GCUCUUCUCCUGGUCAGUGUGAAAACCUACUAUGGGGCGGCGUCCGAGAUGGGACGGUCACGUGGGGUUUGUUUAUGUUUUGCCCAAAGGGAUCCAUCUGCCCGCAUCCUCGUUUCUGCACUUGCACUUGCGACCCAUCGGCAACCCGAUUUCCAUGCAUUGAUCUUCGUUACUUCGGUUUAAAGAUUGACGGAGAUCUAUUUCACUGAACACAUUAUUGCAAGCUUCUCCCAACAUGCCCGCCCCAGGACGGGCAACCUCUGCGAUUCCGGCCGCCGCCAGGCGGACGGGUUUGCGCCAACCCACUCGACGAGCCGGCUCCGCAGCUCCCGAUCGACAGGCAUCGCCGGCAACUUUUGCGAAACCAGCUGCCUCUUCGAUUGCACGUGUACAGAAGCCGAGUGUCGACCAAGCUAGCACGAUCAACAAGCGAAAGGAUAGGGAAUUCGAAAGAGAGAUCAACGAGGACACAAGCAUCCACGUGGUGGUGCGCUGCCGAGGACGGAAUGAGCGUGAAGUCAAGGAAAACAGUGGCGUUGUCCUCUCCACCGAAGGUGUGAGUGGAAAGAACCUAGAUCUAUCCAUGGGACCAAAUGCGGUCUCAAACAAGACAUAUGCCUUCGACAAAGUAUUCUCGCCAGCAGCGGACCAGACCAUUGUGUACGAGGAGGUGGUACUUCCUAUCUUAAAUGAGAUGCUCGCCGGAUACAACUGCACGAUUUUUGCAUAUGGUCAGACAGGAACCGGAAAAACGUACACCAUGUCUGGAGACAUGACCGAUACUCUGGGGAUUCUAUCAGACGAUGCAGGCAUUAUACCGCGCACCCUUUAUUCGCUCUUCCACAAACUUGAAGAUACGGAAAGCACAGUCAAGUGCUCUUUCAUCGAGCUGUACAAUGAGGAGCUUCGGGAUCUCCUUGCGGCUGAUGACAACACGAAGCUCAAAAUAUAUGAGAAUGAGAAGAAGGGCCAUCUUGGCACUCUAGUUCAAGGAAUGGAGGAAACAUACAUCGACUCGGCAUCAACCGGUAUCAAGCUGCUACAGAUGGGCAGUCACAAGCGCCAGGUGGCCGCAACAAAGUGCAAUGAUCUUAGCUCGCGCAGUCAUACAGUCUUCACGAUUACGGUUCUCACCAAGCGCACAACCGAGUCUGGCGAGGAUUAUGUGAGCUCUGGCAAACUCAACUUGGUGGACUUGGCUGGUAGCGAGAACAUCGGACGAAGUGGUGCCGAGAAUAAGCGAGCAACCGAAGCUGGCUUGAUCAACAAGAGUUUGCUGACUCUUGGUCGAGUUAUCAAUGCUCUGGUGGACAAGAGCUCGCACAUUCCGUACCGGGAGUCGAAGCUGACCAGGCUCCUGCAAGACUCUCUAGGUGGUCGCACGAAGACAUGCAUCAUCGCGACAGUAUCUCCCGCAAAGACCAACCUGGAGGAGACAAUCUCAACUCUCGACUAUGCUUUCCGAGCCAAGAACAUUCGCAACAAACCUCAGAUUAACUCCAUGGUGUCUAAAAACAAGCUGCUCCGUGAGAUUGGCAUGGAAAUUGAGAAGCUGAAGAGUGAGCUCAUUGCCACGCGCCAUCGCAAUGGUGUCUAUAUGACCCCAGAUGCGUAUGAGGAGAUUACCACGGAAAGUGAAUCCCGGCGAAUUGUCAACGAGGAACAACGAGCUAAGAUUGAGUCCAUGGAAUCGAGUCUGCGACACAAGGUCCAGGAGCUGUUUUCUCUGACGGCCAACUUCAACACGCUGAAGCAGGACAACGAGAACACUCAGGCCAAGCUCAAGAGUACGCGAGGUAUCCUCGAGCAAACGGAAUCCAGUCUCAAGAACACUUCGGAGAGGCUGGAUGAAGAGACCGUUCUGAGGAAAGCUCACCAAGCUACGGAAAUUAUCCUUCGUGACAUUGGUGCGGGUCUGCUGUCUAGCUUAGAUCAUACUGUUGAAGAUAUCGACGGUCUGCACGCCAAAAUUGAUCGAAAGAAUGACCUGGAGCUUGAAAACCGGCAGACGUGGGAGGCAUCCACCGGCGAGGUGUCUGAUGUCACUCAACAGAUUGAUGCGCGCAUGGAAAGCUUCCAGGCUCAGCAUGCGGAGCUUCUAGAGAUCAUGUCCACCAGAAUUCACCAAUUUAUGGGCGACGAGCUCAAUGCUGUUCAAUCAACUCGGUCACAGCUUCAGCAGUUUGCAGCAUCUUUUGACAAGGUCGAAGCCGAUGCGAAGAAGCAAACUUCAAGUGCGCACGACGAAAUGAACGAGGUUCUCGAGGAGAUCAAGAUUCUUCGUGAGGAUGUGAAGACGAAGGUUGGUGAAGGCCUGAACGGCCUUUCGGCCGCAGCUGCGCGAAUUUCAAAAGAAGUCAUUGGCGAGUUCUCGGAGUUCCACUCCCAGCUUCAUUCGUCAUACAGUACCCUGGGCAAAGACUUCAAGUCCAUGUUCGAGGACAUGGCAUCGCAUCUGGACCAGCAAAAGUGUGAGAUCAACAAGCUGCGACUCGAGCUUCAAGAAGCAAAUCGUCAGUCGGUAGAGGCCAACCGCAAGGCCUCUUCCAACCUUGCUCAAAUCAUGGAAGAAGAGCAGGCCAAUGCCCAGGCGGAACGGGAAACCUUGAUGUCGCAGAUUCGGCACCUGCUCGAGGACUCCAAUCAACGACAGUCUGCUCGCCUCAAGAGCAAGUACGAAGUUGUUCGUAAUGAUAUUUCGGCAUCCGGUGAUUCCCUGGAGCAAGCCACUGCGCAAUAUGACCGCCAUGUCGAUGAAUGGAUCUUUAAGGAAGAGCAAUUCGCAAAGGACGUGACGGCAUCCCGGGAUGACAUUCGAACCAAGAUGCAGAACGACUGGGAGAACUUUGAUCAACGCAAUGCUUCCAUUCAGCGAGCCACCGAGUCGGUACACCAGGAGACUGUGCGAAUUGUGGAUGCUCAGAUGAGCGACAUGAGCAAGCAAAUGGAAGCUCUGGAUGACUUUGUCGCCAAGGCUCGCUCUCACAAUGGUCGCUUCCAUGAGGCACAUCUUGGUAGUCUGGACGCCAUGGCCACUAAUGGUCGCAACUCGCGCACAGCCAUUCAGGAGCAGCUUGAUGGCCUCUAUGGACGUGUAAGCGAGCUUCAGGAGGAUGUGGACAUGCAUACGCAACAUCUCGAGGAAGCGGCUGCCCCCCUACUUGAGGAGGUCCGCCAGCCACUCUCUGAGCUACGCGACAACAUCCAGAGCCACCCCAUGAAGGAGUAUCUUCCUACAGGGGCGACUCCCAAGAAGCGAAAGUAUGAGUACAGCACGGAUUUGCCUCGUACUGAGUCACAUGAGGGAAUUCGUUCCCGCCACCGGACUUCCAAGCAAUUCACAGCCCUUCCCUUCAGUGAAGAGCCUCAACCUGCCACCAUUGCCAGCUCCCCGGUCUCUUCGCCAUCCAAAGGUUUCGUUUACAGCGACGCCGCGGAAGAGGUAGGGACUCAUCCUCCAUCAUCCGGAAUCAAUUCGUCCAACACUGGCCUUAGGGAAGUCGAUUUAAACGUCGCCAAACAACACGCGCACGAUACUGACGACGACACUGCGCCCGUCAACAACCCUGAAAUUCCUGCAUCCGCGCCUCCCAUGGCCCUGGAAGAAACCCCCGAUAUGGAAGAAAUGGAGCAGCCACCCUUGAAACGCCGCCGCUCUGCCUCCAGUUAUACUCCCGUUGAGACCAAGCUGCCCCAGAAGAUGCUGUCCAAGAAGAUGGCCGGCAUGAUGGAAGGCAGGGAGAAUGUGCCCCCGUCCGCUAUUGGCGGCGGGCGCAGAUAUAGGAGUCGCAACGCGGAAUAAAUUGUUGCUCACCUUGCAUUACAUACGUCUUUCUUUCACCUCUCUUCGUGUUCUCUUUUUUUUAUUCCUUUUUCACUGUCGAGUUUACAUCUUGAUACCCAAUGUCGCUGGUCUUUUCCCCUUCUGGACUGGAGUUUCUGGCUGAGAAAACCAUGUGGGAGUGUCUUUCACUUUUGGCUUCUUUUGUUUGCAUAGAUUGGAGGUUCCAUAAACUGAAGCAUCAGUGUUUUCCAUCUGGCGUUUUUGCGUUCAUUACUUCUCUCAUAUGGUAUUCAUGUACUAAAGCCACACUUGGUCUUAAUGGAGUACCUGCAUUUCGACCUCUGUCCCAAAGAAUCUUCAAUUCAUAUAGCCAAAGAUUAAAAGAGAAACGAUGGUAUACCCAGCAGGCAAACGGGGCCUGUCAGUAGAUCAACUCGGUAACGCCAAUGUACCUGUCAAAAUUUGCGCCAAAAUUCAAUCCUUGUAGAUGAAAUUAAUAUCAAGCAAGUAGGACCAAACCCACAUCGCCUUAUCAAGCGCGUCAUUCACUCUGUACUCCUUCCUGCUUGGCAGCCUCAUUGCUCGCCAUAUGUUCAUCUGUCGCAGUCUUCUGCCCAAGCAGUCCUUGACUUUCUUCAUCCUGAACCCCCUCUCCUUCCUCGGGAGGUGCCACAUCCGCCGCAUCAAUAACCAUUUGCAACUCGCGCAUCCUCUUCGCAAACUGAUCCAUCAUAUCCUCCAACCGAGGCGCCUUAUCCUUCCCUACUUCACCGGGAAUCCCCGCCGUCCCAUAAAUCUUCAACAUCAACCCGUGCCCCGGCGCGUCACUGGUAUCGUGGUUAUCGAAUGUUGGCGCCGGUACCAUCUCGCUACUGAGUACCUGCCACGUCGGCGAAAAACUCUUCGCUGAUGUUACGCGGUACUGGGGCUGUGGUACGCUCGAGCCUGGGGAUGGAUGUUGGGCUGCGAGGGUGGACGGGUUCGCCGGUGAAGUGGACAUGGACUUUGUACCACCUGCGCCGGCUGUGACGGGCGCGGUUGUGCAUGGGUCGGUUGGUGUAGUCCCCGCCGCGGGUACGGUCACCGGUUCAACGUCUAGCACGAUGUAGUUGUCGCGGACCCCCGGUAUCGGCGGCGGGAGGAGCGCGGACUUGUCAUUGUCGUGGUGUUCUGCGGGGUUGUGCGAUGGGUUUGUUGAACGUCCAUCGGCUUUUCUGGAUCCCGGGGCGGCCUCGUGCUGAGCUUCCAAGCUGCGUAGAGCGGCUUCCGUUACAAUGUCCGUGUCGUCAUCGGAGAAGAUAUAGUGCACUGUUGGGUGGUGGUGGUCUGAUGUAUGGGCAUCUUGGAUCAGAGUGAAGAAUGGCUGGAAGGGCUGGUGGAAGCCUCCUGUGAGAUUUUCUUCUCCAUCGUCGUGCCCCAGGUCGUCUGUCGCGCCGUCGUGGGUUGGAGAGGUGAUCGGCGAGGCGUGUUGGGGUGGAGCCUCAUCUAUAGGGUGGUCAUCGGAUAUGCGGAGGGACUGGUCGCUCGGUCGGGCCGAGGUGGUUGGGCGAAGUGGACGGUCGGUGAAAGAGGACUGUGAGGAAGGGGAGAGAGGAUGAGUCGGGUUAUUCACAGACAUGUCCGUCGCUACAUGGCCGAAUUGGAGGAGGUGACUGGGAUGAUGUCGCUUCCCCAGAGCUUCUUAUCGAUAGCUGCACGUGAUGCCAUUGCCAAGUGGGGUUUACUUAAUCUACUCCUUUGAUGUUGACAGCAUCGAGGUAAUGCAGG